AAUACUACACUCUAACGCAUUCUCGGCCGGUCAUGGUGGCUCAACACCUCUAAUCCCAGCACUCAGGACGCAGAGGAUAGAAGUGGAAUUACUGGUCAAAGGCCAUUCAGAUUUGGGAGAAGUGGCCCCAGAAAUAAAAGCUUCAGAUAACCGGACAGCAGUGGCUAUUGCAGAUUUGGAAUGGAGAGAAAUGGAAGGAGAUGACUGCGGGUUCCAUUAUGGAGAUGGUACAAAUGAGACUCAGGACAAUGACUUCCCAACAGUGGAGAGAAGUAGGCUUCAGGAAAUGCUGUCCCUGCUGGGGCUGGAGACAUACCAGGUACAGAAGCUCAGCCUUCAGGACUCCCUGCAGAUCAGUUUUGACAGCAUGAAGAACUGGGCACCUCAAUCUCCCAAAGACCUGCCCUGGCAUUUCCUCAGGAAGCUGCAGGCUCUCAACGCUGAAGCCAGGAAUGCUACCAUGGUGCUGGACACACCUCCGGAUGCCCGGCCUGCCGGGAAAGAGAGCCAGAUGGAGGAGGAGAUGAUCUACUGGGACCCAGCUGACGACAUUGCUGCUGAUGACAUCUACUCCUUUUCUGAGCUGCCCAUGCCUGACACCCCCGUGAACCCGCUGGACCUUCUCUGUGCCCUCCUGCUGUCUUCAGACAGCUUUCUGCAGCAGGAGGUCUUGUUAAAGAUGUCUCUCUGUCAGUUUGCACUACCACUCGUGUUGCCUGACUCAGAAAACCACUACCACACCUUUCUACUGUGGGCACUGCGGGCUGUUGUGCGGACGUGGUGGUUCCAGCCCCCUCGGGGCCUGGGCAGCUUCCGAGAGGACAGUGUGGUCCUAUCCAGGGUACCCACUUUUGCCUUUGUUCGCAUGGAUGUCAGCAGCAACUCCAAGUCCCAGCUGCUCAACUCCAUACUCAGCCCAGGCUGCCAGCAGUGUGACUGCUUCUGGCAUAGGGACCUCAAUUUGGGAACUAAUCCCCGGGAGAUUGCAGAUGGGUUGGUAGAAAUUUCCUGGUUUUUUCCCAGUGGCAAGGAGGACCUGGAUGUUUUCCCAGAGCCUGUGGCCUUUCUGAACCUGAGGGGCGACAUUGGGUCUCACUGGCUGCAGUUCAAGCUCUUAACAGAAAUCUCCUCAGCUGUAUUUAUUUUGACUGACAACAUCAGUAAGAAGGAAUACAAACUGCUCUACUCCAUGAAAGAGUCAACCACGAAAUACUAUUUCAUCCUGAGUCCCUACCGAGGGAAACGGAACACUAACCUGCGCUUCCUGAACAGGCUGAUCCCUGUGCUGAAGAUAGACCAUUCCCAUGUCCUGGUGAAGGUCAGCAGCACCGACAGUGAGAGUUUUGUGAGGAGGAUCCGAGCAAUCCUGGGCAGUGUGGUCCGGUCCCCUUGUAGGAGGGUGUCUGUGGAGGACAUGGCCCAUGCAGCCCGCAAACUGGGCCUCCGGGUAGAUGAGGACUGCGAAGAGUGUCAGAAGGCAAAGGAUCGGGUGGAGAGGAUCACCAGGAAGAUCAAGGAUGUGGAAGUCUAUAGGAGGGAUGAGCUGAGGCUACAGGGAGACCCUGGCAGGAAGGCAGCCCAAAUGGAAAGGGAGUUUUGCCAGCUCCAGUGGAUCCCGGAGCCACCAGAGAAACACCGGGCUGAGCUGAGACGGCGGUUCCUGGAGCUCCGGAUGCAGCAGCAUGGCCAGGAGCCCACCUCAGGGGUGCAGGAGUUCAUCAUGGGGAUCAGCAGCCCCUCUCUGGGUGAGAGGCAGUACUUCCUGAGAUGGUUGGAGUGGGGCUUGGCUCGAGUGGGCCAGCCACGGCCGAAACAGCCUCCAGAGACUCUCCUCACCCUGAGACCAAAACUUGGUGGGGCCUCAGACUUGAGUGAGCCCCUUUGGCCUGAGCCCCUGGGGGUGGAGCACUUCCUGCGGGAGAUGGGGCAGUUCUAUGAGGCAGAGAGCUGUCUGGUGGAGGCAGGGAGGCUGCCGGCUAGCCAAAGGCGUUUUGCCCACUUCCCAGGCUUAGCCAUGGAGCUGCUGCUGAUGGGUCUGCCCCUGGAGCUGGUUGAUGGAAGCACUCUGAGCAUCCCUGUUCGCUGGGUCACUGGGCUCCUCAAGGAGCUGCAUGUCCGUUUAGACAGGAGGUGUCGACUGGUAGUUCUGUCUACCCUGGGGGCACCGGGCACAGGGAAAUCCACACUUCUCAACACCAUGUUUGGCCUGCGGUUUGCCACAGGGAGGAGCUGUAGUCCCCAGGGAGCCUUCAUGCAGCUCAUCCCGGUGGCUGAAGGCUUCAGCCAGGACCUGGGCUGUGACCACAUCCUAGUGGUAGACUCAGGGGGGCUGAUCAGGGGGGCUUUGGCCUCGUCUGGAGACAGGUUUGAACUAGAGGUUUCCUUGGCCACUCUGCUAAUGGGGCUAAGUAAUGUCACUGUGGUCAGUUUAGCCGAAAUGAAGGACAUUCCACCAGCUAUUCUACAUGCAUUUCUGAGGUUGGAAAAAACGGGGCAUAUGCCCAACUAUCAGUUUGUGUACCAGAGUCUUCUUGAUGUGCCUGUCCCCAGUCCCAAGCCAAGAGACAGGAGGCAGCUCCCGGAUCCACCCAGUGACCUGAGCAGAGCAGCUGCCCAGAUGGAGAAGCAGGGUGGCAGCUUCCGGACACUGGUGGGCCUGACAGAGAGGCAGCAUGUCUGGCACAUUCCAGCCCUGUGGCAUGGAGUGCCACCCAUGGCUGCUGUGAGCCUAGGCUACAGUGAGGCUAUUUUUGAAUUGAAGCGAUGCCUGCUAGAAAACAUCAGGAAUGGCUUGUCCAACCAAAACAAAAACAUCCAGCAGCUCAUUGAGCUGGUGCGGCGGCUAUGAGUGUUUGGGUGCAGGGCCUCCCACAGUGUCUUAAUGGACAAGAGCCAGCAGGGCCACUCUGGCUGCCCGAGAGGUAGUUGGUGCUUGCACAUGAGAAGGAAGACCAGAGAAAGACAGGGGUUAAGAGCUCCUUGUGGUUUUAAGAAUAACUGCGUAGACCAGCUCAGAGAUGUCAUCAGGAAUAUCAGAGGCUCUCAGUGGGGUGACACAAGCAGUAGUUUGUCCCUGAGCCCUGUCAAGGUUCCCGGGGGUUGACCCUUCAGAUAGCUGUUCCUUCACUGGACCCUGCAGUGGAGAAUAGCUUCCUUAGUCACUGAAGGCCUUGGCAUGCAGGAACGCUCAGUGCACUUGCUGAGGAAGUGGCAGGGGCCUGGCCUUUCUACCCAAUCCAAGCCCCUUUGUGGACCAGCAUUUGGUGGUAUGAUCCUGCUUGCAGUGGGCAAAGUACUGAUGUGGCACUAAGCUUAUAGACUGGUGUGUGAAGCCCUCCCUGACCGCUGACCAAGAAGCAUUCAUCAAGUCACCUUUUGUGCUCCAUCCAGUACUUUGUCACACCUCUGCCUCAGCCCUUCAAGGCACAUUGUCACUCCUGUGUUUACUCUCUGCCCCUAGACUGUGAGCUGCUUGAGGGCAGGGCCUGAAUGCCAUCCAGCUCUGGGUCCUUGGGGCCUGGUACACAUAGAUGCUUAAUAAAUGUCUGUUGAAUGAA